CAGCCGUUCACUGUCCCUACUUCUUUCUCUAUCCAGUGAUAUUGAACUACUUGUCAUUCCUAUUUUGUCCCGUUCGGCUGUCAUCCAUUUCUCUUGUCCAUGGUAGCGCACGUCAACCUUGACAAUUCCAAUCUAUAUUCUUCAGGGCGACCGAAAGCGGUGGAUCGUUCGCAGCUGUUUGAAGCCCAAACUGCAUAUUUCCAGUCUCACCCUGCUGUGGCCGCCCAACGCCACGCUGCAGCGGCCGAUGCGAAAGCGGUCAUGUUGAUCGGUUGUAAAACCACCCGCACGACCGUCGGUCGAGGUCACGAUGCAACUAUCAAGAUUGGUCGACAUAACAAAAGGGUUUCGCGCGCUCACGUUGCCAUUGAGCAUAAACCGCAAUUUGAUGGCUUCGAACUCACCAUUCUGUCCCCGAAUGGGGCACUCGUUGACCAUAUCAUGUUUGCUGGCGGUGAACAUGUUCCUGUGGUCGAAGGCACCACCAUUGAGAUCAUGGGAACCCGACUCAUCUUUGUAGAACCUGCUGCCGAGGAUGAACACAAGCCGGAACCGACCGAUCACUGUAUACCACCCCCUCAACCUCUACAGGCCACCGCACUCGAUACCAUCUUACCUACAUCUUCCGAUACAAAUGCAUGUACCGAAACCAAACCCGUCUUGCCAAAUACCAAUGAUAUAUCCUCAUUAUCGCCAGUCAUCUCUGCGGAAAAACCAAAAGAUUUGUCCGAUACAGUGAUUCGAUUACUAGCGUCUUCGAGAAAAUCGUCCAUGACGAUUCGUGAGAUUGCUACUCGGAUGGAUUAUUCAGAAACAGAAGCCAUUGCCAAAGUGCUGCUGGAAGCACCUUGCGCUGGUCGCAUUAAACGAACAGGCAAAACCGCGGAUGGAUCACCGAAAGAAGAUUUAUGGUACUAUCAAGCAGAUUUAGAUCCCGAUCAAGAACGACGAAAGCAAUCCACUCAGACAGGUCGUGGAGCACGUAAAUGCACCAUGAAGGAUCCUCAAUAUUUCUUUAGGAUUCCGCCCAAGCUGCCGAAUCAACGCAAAUUAUAUGUGCCACCGCCGGCUCACCCCAAUGAUAGCAGUAAAAAGCGGAAAUCAUCCCCGGCCCAUGAACCACGAGGAAGCAAAAAGACGCGAUCAAUAGAGGAAACAAAGGAAGAUCUUUCAGAUAUAGAUGAUUUUGGUUCUACCAGUAGCGGCAAUGUCAGUGAUCAGGAAGUAAGAGAGUUAUUCCAGGACGUGUAAAAUUUCAACAGUCAAUACCACCCUCUCCAUACCUUUCUUUUAUCACAUGUGAAAGUCACAUAAAGUUUGUAUUAUCACUUUGUAGCUGUCUUUUUUCGGUCGCUUUAAUAUAUGCUUCUCUUC